CUUUCGCCAGAUAGUGGCUUCGCAACGAGUAGCAUUUGACUGAUCUCCAUGCUUUUUCGGAUAUAAAUUCCAGUGGAGUCUCCCUCUCUCAGUCUCCCUCUCUCUUCUUGAUUCGUCGAGACGCCCUUGGACGCCGCUUUCCUGGACUGAGCUAGCAUUAGCUCCCAGGACACAACCUGGGAGCCACAACUCAGGAUAUUCAGAGCAUGGCUGCUGUGGACAAGAGAGCUAUCGGCGUUGUUCGUGAGUAUUUUCUCCACCAGGGCAAGGAGAGCAUCUUGGCUGCCCUGGAUGCUGAGUAUGGCCGUGAAGGAAGGCCAUCUAACCAGGAUUACAAAGAAUUUGUGUCCCUGCUAAAUGGAGGCAAUGGGAAGGCAUUUUUCGCCCUCUGGGAGAAGAAGAUCCCAUCUGCUAUUUUAGAGAAGGAUAGGACAUGCCGACAUCUUGAAUGCAGUUGCCAGUUGCACUUUGCAGUUUAUCAUCAUCGUCAUGGCAACGAUCCACAGGGCUCACUAUGCCGGGCCGCAAUGGAACUAUUCUCUAACUACCUUGCAAAUCGCGGCAGGAGCAUGGCAGAAUUUGACGACUUUCAGCCAUUCUUUGCCCUUCCAUAUGUGCCAGACCCCAGGAGGCACAAGCCCUAUGAAGACUUGUUCACGGAUCGCUGGGUGACUGAUCUUCAGGCACGUGUCGGUGCCUUUCUCAAGUCUGCGCUACGUCCGGUGCAGGUGCCUGUGCUCCUGAAGCUUCUCAGUGGCGGUGCAGCAGCAGCAACAGCAGACGUACCAGUUGCAAACGGCGCAGAACUGGAGAAGCUGAGAAUGCAGAUGCAGGAAUGUGAGGAGCGUGCGCUGCUGUACAUUCGCAGGUGCACUGAUGCACAGACAGAUUAUCAGUCAUUGCUUAGUAUAGCAAUGGACCUUGUGGAGGCUCUCCAGCAGACUGUGUCAGGAAACCCGGUCACUGCUGAUCAAAUCCAGCUGCUGUGCUCGCGCCUCUUCAAGGCUAAUGCAACCAUGGACUCAUCUCGGCCUAUUGCUGCUGUGGAUGUAUUGCAGUCCACACUAACUGACAUGAAAUUGCAGACUGAGCCACAUCAUUCCCAAAUACGACCAUCACUGGACUAUGACAAGAUCAAAGAACAGCUGCCGAAACUCUCCCACAAGGAUGCCGCCCUGCUCUUCCAAGCACUCCGUCUGCGCCUGACACAGUCGAGCACCAGCGAUCAACGCAACCACGUUGUCCGCGCGUAUAUCGAAGCCGACAUCCUUGGCUGUACCAAGUCAGGCAAGUUCCAGGAGUACAUACACAGAACACUGCAGUCAAGCAAGGUGGAACUGCAGGAAAGUGCUGUUCGACUUCUUAAUGCCUUUGCUUCCAUCGCUGCUGGUCGUAGGUACCUGAGUCGACAUCCGUCGCUUGUGGAGAUACUGCACAGUGUGUUGGAGAAAAGUGACAGUGAGAGCGCAACAACCUACUGUUUGGUGGCAGCUUUGCAGAAGCUCAGUUUGUUGAAAUCCCUGCAGACAAGGAUGAUAAAAUGCGAUAUGAUCAAGUGGCUUAUGAAUGCUCUUGCUGAUGUCGACUCCAUGUCCGAGCCCACCCUGCACUAUACCAGUGCACUGAUGAUGAACCUGUGUUUGAGAACUGCAGGAAAACUGUACUGCAUUACCGAUAGCCAUCAAAUACUGAGCGUGCUGUCUGAUCAGAUGGAGGGGGAUGACUUGCUGAUCCGGUCUUACAUCAAUGGUUCCCUGUACAGUUUGCUGACUGUACCGCAGAUCAGGGAGCAGGCCAGAGAAAUGGGCCUUGGAGCAUUUAUCGAGGAGUUGCAGAAAACCAGUCCUCCGCACAUGGCCAGUCAACUUGGCUACAUUAUCAAUCAAUUGAGCUCAGAUGAUGGCAUGAUGGAUACAAAUGCCGAGUCCGGUGACGAAGAGGAGGAAGAGGAGGAGGACGAAGUAGACAACUUGGAUGAUAUUGAUCGAGGUGACUACCUCACACCCAAUGCUGACCAACCUUGUGGGGAGGAUUUACUGUGCAAGAAUUACUUGCUUGUUUUCCCAGCCAAGGCUCAGCAGAGAGCACGUCCAAGGACUGGUGUCAGUGCGCAGCAGUUCAGUGAGCUGGACAGACCGCUUGAUCGGCCGGUCACACCUCGACAUCCUCACCUAUUGGCUACCAGCAGAGAUAAAACGCCGCCUACUGGUCGAGCACAGAAAGCUAAAACGAUGGCUGCUGGGAGUAAUGUUGUGAAGGACAAUCGAAGACCGGCACCUUUAGGUGCUGAGCAGCAGCAACAGCAAUCACAUCAGCGCAAGCAGCAGCCAAAUGCCCAACAGCAACACAGACAGCAGCCUGUUCAACAGCAGCGCAGGCAGCAGCAGCAGCAGCCAGCUCAGCAACAGCGCAAAGGUGCAUCACAGCCUCAUCCUAAUCCAAGACCAGCAACAGACCAUUGUGUGACCGGUGAUCGGGCAGCAGCAGCACGUCACCAAGGUACACGGCAUGGUGGCACAGCUGCUGCCACUACAGCCGCUUCUCAUGACCGUCCUAUGACAUCAUCCGGGCUGUCAACGACAUCAUCCGGCCUAUCAACGACAUCAUCAUCAUCAUCAUCAUCAUCAUCAAGGCAGCAGGAGCAGCAGGAUAGUGGUACGGGUGUUAUGGGGGACUCUGGAACACGCUACUCACCAGGCCAUCAUUCUCAAGCUCCGCGGGGUAGAGGCUAUAUACGUCCAAUAGGACGCGCCCAUGGCACCCAUGGCACACAUGGCGAUGCAGCAGCCUUGAAGAAGCCUGGCACGCUAGCCUCUGUGCCAACACAGAGCAUGACCGCUCAAACUGAUGCGAACGGUCAGACAAUUCGUCUUUCAUACAAUGCGCCAGCUGGCAGUUCAUCACCAAGCACAGGCGCGAGUGAACAACAGCAGCGACGACAGACAGCAGAUGGAGCUUCUGCUGCAAGCGGUGCUGCUCAGACUGCCCUGCCUUCACAGCAGCAACAGCAGCAGCAGGAGCAUCAUCAGAUGUCCUACACAGCUGCUGGUAGCUCAGGCCAACAGCCAGACGAGUAUAAGGCAGCGUUUGCAAGCAAGCCUCGCAUUGCUCGCACUCCUGACAAGUCUGAGGCAGCAGUGAAAAGAGAGACGCUAUCAACAACGCCAUCAGCUACCGGCAUGCAUGAUUACUCAAACUUGAAAGUUACUGUUUCCAAGGACGGCCGACUGUCGAAAAUACCACCCACAACCGGCACGGACUUUUAUUCCGCAUCACCUCCACCUUCUGAGUUCCCCGGUGGCGACCGCUCAGCAUCACCAACAGGAGCAGCAGCGGCGGCAGCACGGCCUGGUCAAGGAAGUUCCUCUCCAGUUUUGCAUGACGGUGCUGCUGUGGGGCAGCAGCGAAAUACAAAACCAGCAGCAGCAGCAGGACCUAACCACCAAGCACAGGCUUCGUCAGGGAAUCAGGCAUCAACAUCUUCCGCAGCUCCUCGUCGCUCUGCCCGCAACCGCUCCAAGGCCCCUUCAAAGACAUGAUCACUGUUUUGCAAGUGUUGAUGGUGAUGACGUCUUGUGUGCUGAGCUUUAUGCUACUCUCUCUCUCUCUCUCUCUCCCCCCCUCUCUCUCUCUCUCUCUCUCUCUCUCUCUCUCUCUCUCUCUCUCUCUCUCUCUCUCUCUCUCUCUCCCUCUCUCUCUCUCUCUUAGCUCUCUCUUAGCUCUCUCUUUCCCCCCCUCUCUUUCUCGCUCUCUCACUCUCCCCAGUUAGAUAUAGCCCUUCUCUUUUGUAACCAGACUGAUUCGAAAUUGCUCUAGUUAUGUUUUUGUAUUAGUUUUCUCAAAUAGAUUAUUGCCAUGGCAUGCGACCAGAUCUGCAGAGGCGAAGGGCAAUGGCCAGACUAUUUUUUAUUAUAAAUAUUUGUUUGUACGUGUACAGUCAAUGCAUGUACUAUGUAUCAUGUACACCGUAUGUCUGAAUGCUCUGUAUGUAGGAAUAUGCAGAUUUCUGUCAGUGCAGCAUACACUGCUGAGUCAUCGCAAGAAGCCAAGUGCAUUGCAGCGGUGAUCAAGCCGUUUAGAAUGUCAAAGGUACGAUUUUGAAAUCAUCCCACUUGCGAAAUUCAUGUCUACGUGUUCUCUUAGUUCAACUUCUGGCAGAAAAGUCUGCCCACCAA